GCAGCCCCAACCACAACCGAGGUAGAUCCGGAGCAGCCGACUCCACAGUGGUGGUGCCGACAAGGAGAGCUGCUCCCUGCCCAAGGAGAGGACCAUGGCGAUGUGUACCCCACUGCUCAUCACCCUUGUCCUUGUCCAUCACCUUGUCACCACCUCCAUCCUGCGGGCUCAAGUGCUGGAGGAGACGGAGAGCGAGUGGGAUGCCCUGGAGAAGGAGCUGCAGCAGGGCUGCAGCAGCACCCUCCGCAGCAGGGAGAGGUUAAAUCAGCUGGAAGAGAAGCUGGCCCACCACGAGAAAUACAACUUCACGGGCAGCAUGAUCGAGACCUACGUGUUCAAGUUCAUGACUGAGCACUUCAGAGGGUUAAACCUCAGCAGUAGGAUGGAUGGGAAGCCAGGUGGCGCCAGGAGGCUCAGACACGCCAUGAAGUUCCCGGCGGAGCUCGUGGAGGGUGUCCAGAUGCGGGGGAUGGAGCAGGAGCUCAUCUGCAUCUAUAUCCACAGCCCCUGCAUCUUCCAGGAUGCCCACAACAGCUCCGUGCUGAACAACAAUGUGCUGGGAGCCUUCCUGCAGAGUGGGCACGUGGCUGGACUCAGCCACCCUGUGGAGAUCCAGUUCUGGCAUGACAUGGUGCUGGAUGCCUCCAAUGCCACCUGCGUCUUCUGGCAGCCUGGAGCUGGUGCGGGCAGCACAGGCAGCUGGAGCAGGAAGGGCUGCGAGACCAUUCACAGGGAGGGCACCGUUAUCUGCCACUGCGACCACCUCACCUACUUCGCUGUCCUGCUGCUCCCGUCGAGCACCCUGAGCCGAGCCCAGCUGGCAUCGCUCACUUACAUCAGCACCAUCGGCUGCUCUCUGUCGGCUGCUGCCACCAUCUGCACCCUCCUGCUCUGCUGCUUCUCCAGGCAGCGGCUGAGGGACAACACGACCAGGAUCCACAUGCACCUCCUAGCCACGCUGCUCCUGCUCAACUGCAGCUUCCUGCUGAGCACACUGCUGGCCACCAGCACCGAGGGGCUCUGCCGGGUCACUGCUGCACUGCUGCACAUCGGCCUUCUCUGCGCCCUGGCAUGGAUGGCUGCUGAGGCCUUCCACCUCCUCCUCCUCAUCAUCAAGGUCUACAAUGUCUACAUCCAGCACUACCUCCUCAAGCUCUGCCUUUUCGCUUGGGGUCUGCCCACACUGGUUGUGGUGGCUGUUUUAGUCUUCAAGAGCGAUACAUAUGGGUACCACACCAUCAGCAUCUCUGAAGACAACAGGAAUGCGACUAUGUGCUGGCUCACCAGCCUUCCGGCCCACUACGCCACCCUCUGCUACGCUGGCCUCAUCCUGCUGUUCAACACGGUGGUGCUGGGGAGGGUGGUGAUGAUACUCCAGAGGAUUGGGCGGCAGAAGGGUCAGGCGAGGAAGGACUGGGUGACUGUGCUGGGGCUCACCUGCCUGCUGGGCACCACCUGGGGCCUGGCCUUCUUCAGCUUUGACGUCUUCCUCAUCCCCCAGCUCUACCUCUUCACCAUCCUCAACUCUCUGCAAGGUCUCUUUGUCUGCCUCUGGUACAUCACUGUGCACUGCCGGAGCAAGCCGGGCUCCAUCAGCAACACCUCCAGAUAACAUGCCCCAGUGCCAGGGUGAGGGGCUGUGAGGGGAGCUUGGGGGCUGCUCCCCAAGGAUGUGGUGUGGUAGUAUGCCCCUGGGCUCAACAGCCAGUGCUGUUGGUGCUGCAGGUUUCUUCGGGGGAAGCAUUUGGGCUGCAAAGCUGGAUUUCUGGGUGGUGGAAGCUGUCUGCUGCUGGAGGGCUGCAGCUUGGGACCCUGCAGGUGCUGCACUCCCCUGGGGACUGUGGCUGCCCCCAUGCCAGCCCAGGACAGCCCUUCUGGCUCACAGCCUCUCCGUUAGUAGCCAACACUGACUUCUUCUGCUAAAGGUGGACACUUAUUAAAAGAGCCAUUCAAUUGCCCAUGCAGGUCUCCUCCACCACCGGAGGAGUGUGGUGGCUCGCUGCCACCUCGUCACCCCAGCCCCACGGCAGGCAGAGCCGGCAGAGCCGGCAGCCACACUCUGCUUUGUCAUUAGUGAAGGUCCCACUAGAUGGCACAAGGAUUUUGAAGAUGGUCCCAACUCUGGACUGUGCAUGCAGCAGGGCCAGCCAGCAGCAGCGCGGGCCUCUGGUGGUGGUGGUUAGCAGUGCUGGUUAGCAGUGCUUGUAAGCGGUGCAGAGGAGCCCCCUUGACAGCUGGGAGGGGUCAUCUGAGCCCCCUUGGGGAGCUGCCACUGGAUCAUCUCACAUGGGACAGGCGGAAGUGGGAUCUCCCCAGCUACAUCCCCCAAACCCAUGUGGUCCAGCACAGCUAUGGGCUUGUGAGCAUGGCUGUAGGGCUAUGGCACCCCCAAACCCUCCCUGACCUGGGGUUUUCACUACCAAAAGCCCUCCUGCUUGCCCCAAAGCCAGCAUGGGGACGGAGGCCACCUGCAGCUCCAGGUCGGUGGGCAAACAGGUGAGCAGGGCUUCUGCUUGGCAUUGGGUGGACGAGCCAGGGCAGAAGAGAGGGUGAGUAAGUGAACCUAUAACUCAGCUUUCCUCUUGCUCUCACUUAGGAAGGCAGACCCCAAACAGCUCUUCCAUGCGACCGAGUGCUUUAUUGGGGUUUAAGCAGUCCAGCCUGCAGGAAAUAAACAGCAAGGACAAAUUACAGGGACUAAAAUCAUCA